AUAUAUUCGGUAGAAUCAUCGUAGUGUUUUUCGAUUAGUUCUGCAAAAUGCCCUUUUUGAAAUGUUUAAAAAUUUCUUCUAGUAAAGAACAAUCGGAAAGAACCAAAAGAAAUGGAUUACGGUUUUCGAUAUAUAGUUCAUAUAAGAAAGUUCUUUUCAAGGGACAUUAUAAAGGCGAAUGGAAGGACGAUAGGAAACACGGCAAGGGUAUAGACAUAGACAGAAAUGGUUGGAUGUACGAAGGUGAUUGGUUUUGUGGACGAAAACACGGUUAUGGAGUAUUGAGUAAAAUUUCAAAGGACGGUAGUAUUCGUAAAAUAUAUGCGGGUAAUUGGAUGAUGGGAAAAAAGGAAGGUUUUGGUAAUCAUUGGUACGAUAAUGGCGAUUAUUAUGAAGGGGACUUUCAUUGUAACAAACGUCAUGGUUAUGGCCGUAUUUGGUACAAAAAUUCCGAUUAUUACCAAGGCUUUUGGAAAAAUGAUUUUCCGAAUGGCAAAGGAAUAUUCGUUGAAGGAAAUGGAAAUCGGUACGAGGGAACUUUCGUCGAUGGCAAAAGAAAUAAAUUCGGUACAUUUUAUCAUUUAGACACCGGCCAAUGUCAAUACGGUUAUUGGUGCAACGAUUCUUGCAUUCAUAGCAUAAUGCGAGAUAUUAAUUGGCGACAAUCGGCGUUACAUCCAACACCAUAUCCCAUACCGGAAAUAAAAAUGUCGACCAUUUGUUAUUGACAUUCGAUUUAAUUUAUUUUUUUUUUUAUCGUUAAUCGUAAUCAACGAAUCAUCGAUUGUUAAAUAAUGAUGAUUUUUUUACAUAAUAACAAGCAAAACUUCUUUCAUAUAAUUUUGUAUUUUCAUUAUACGUGCGAGGAAUAUCGUGUUUUCCCAUUUAGAAACUUUGUUCUUCGAUUGCUCUUCGUAUAAUCACGAAACGUCCUUCCUUUUGCGUUAUGCCAUUAACUAGUUUGAAGUUGUAUUAAAGCUAUCGUUACGAGUAGUAACUCCCAUGAUUUUCCGCAUGUGCUUCAUUAAAAUGAAGAAUAAACAUUUCCAAACAUGCUUCUGAUUUUCUCUCUCUCUCUCUCUCUCCUUCUCUCUUUCUAGUUUUCUGUUUUUAUUGAGUAUCAUUUCAAUAUUUUCCUUUUACCACGGAAAUAUCUAUAUCUAUGUUGAAAAGGAACAAGUUUCUAUAAUAGGUAUCUAAAGUUUGUAGAUGUAAUACCUAGAUUAAUUUUACGUAUCAUCAGAGAUUCGCUAUUAUCAAAGUUAGUUUAUACAUUCUACCGAUAGAUGGCCGUAUAAGUUCUUUUAUCGAUCGGUAAGAUCGAGCUUCGAAGAGAAUGUUUGCAUAACUAUCUACUACUGCGUCCUAAUUGUAAGUACGAGUUAGGAUAUAUGUACGUUUUAAAUUUAGAGGUUAAAAGAUAGGUCGAUUUUAUCAAUAUUAUUUGUUUUUAAAAUAUCUUCAAUAUAUAUAUAUAUACAUAUAUAUAUUUGAGCAAGUACGCGUGCACGAUAAUAUUUUCUUUAGUAAAAUAGAAAUGGAUGGAUAAUAGAAGAGAUAUGUAAAAGGAAGUUUGGCAAAGCAGACGAAGAUAUCCUUCGCCAGAAAGCACUUCAUUCUUUCAAAAAAAAAAAAGAAGAAAUAAUCCUUUCGACUAGAGACGAAAAUUGACGUCGUUCCAGUGUGCGUUCAAAUACGAGAAGAAUAGAAUAGACGGUUACCACGAGGAACACCACUUUCCUUCGCAAGACAGUGCGAGUAUAGUAGAAACAAUAUUAACUGUUAAAAGCUCGACGUUUCUUUGCAUCGGAUUUCUUUGCCACAGCGUCUCGAGAGCAGCUAAUGGAAUAAACUUUCUUGCCGUUUCUCCCGAGUCAACGAACAAGAAAAAGCUGCUACGUACGUAGAUACGUAGGUAUGUACAUACAAUUCCAAACUUUCCUACAUAUAUAAAAUCUGAUUUUUAAUUUAAACAAAACCGACUUCAAUUUCAAUCGACCAAGGAAGCUGAGCACCGUCGCUAUCCGAUCAUUCUCUUCUUCUUAAACACGGCUUGAUCGAUUUCGUAAAUUUUUCAGUGACCCAUUCGCCUUUCCUUGUGAUUCCUGAAUACCAAUCUAAAAUUUUCAUCGAGUCCCUCCGAACGCUUCAUACACACCCGAUAGUUUUCAAUAUUCAAGAACUAUAUAACAGUGCAGAAUAUUCGCAUGGAAAGGAGGAAAAGAGUAAAAAAAAAGAAAAAAGACAUACACAAGAAAAAAGCGAAAAAAAAUAAAGAAGAAAGAUAAAGAAGAUAAAAAAGAAACGGAAGGAAAAAAUGUGAUAUACCUACCUCGAUAUAUGAUUUGAUUCGAUUUGAAUCGUAAUAAGUUUCGAUCCGUUUUUCGGUCACGCGAUCCUUUCUUCCGUAGUGACGGAGGAAAACCCGUUCGGUGACGAGGUAUCAGAGUUUAAAUAAAGGAAGAAAUAAUGAAUUAAUUUCGUAGGGAAGAAUCAACAUCAAAGUCGAAACGUUAACGCGUAGAUAUAUAUAUAUGUAUUUCGAUGUCGAGCAAUAGCUGUUUAGAAAGAAAAUCCGUGCACGUGGUCGAACGGUGUUAAAGAACAGUCGCGACACAACAACACGCACGCGACGAGAGCUCGUUGCUCACUGACUCGAGAGAGGCGCGCGCACGCGGCUUCCUAACUUCGCGCUAUCCCUUCUACUACUCCCUCGCUUGACUUACCCCCACCUCGUCAACUACUACGACGGUAUUUAUCAAUUAUUCGUCGAAAAAAAUGGAAAUAUAUAAAAUUGUUUGUUGGCCACGAAAAAUUUUUACAACACAAACAUUACUUUAUUCGUCGUAAGAAACUUUAAAAAAAAAAGAAAGAAAAAAAAGCUGUAUGAAAUUAUUAUAUUCUAUAUGAUAUAAUGAUAAUGAAUAUUGCAUUGCCACUUUCAUUUCAUUUUUUAUCAAAAGUUCUUAUAACUUUAGCAUUAUUAAUUCUUUUCAGAUUGAUUCAUAUUUAUUAAUAGAUAAGAUAGAUAAUUUAUUUUUAUCGAUAGAUUAUACUAUUAUCGUACUAUAGGAAAAUAAUAAUGUGUACGUUUAGGAGAUAAUGAAAGUGACUAUUACUCAUUUACUAUCAUCGCUUCGUUUAAAAGUAUCGUGCACGUUCCUAUCGAUCCAACGACGAUAACCGGCCAAUCAAUCGAACGUCUCAAUUCAUUAUAUUUAUAUAGUACUAUGAUUAUAAUUUACUGUUAAAGACGAGUUAUAAAUAUAAACAUUUGUGACGAUAAACCAUAAUUAAUGAUUAAUAAAUAAACAUUUGAAACAUUACAACGAAAUCGUCUUUCGAUCGAAUAAUUAUAAAUCGAGUAAAUCGAGGUAGGAUCCUUUUUUUAUGUUUUUUAUGCGAAAACAAAUUCGAAAAUAAAAGAUAAAUGGAUUCUCGGUAGAACGCGACGAUUCGAGUAGAAAGACAAUAGAGUUUGAACGAUGUCGCGAGACUUACUUGCAAUAAAUGCAAAACGACUUGACCCGGUGCGAGGUCCGAAGAAGACAAGACACGUAUUGAAACGUCCUCGUCCUUCGAGGAGGAACUUUCGGACGAGCGUGCACAAGUACGCGAAUGCACUUUACAAUGGAACGAGCGAUCGUAAGCGCGCGCGCGCGUACAAAGCUGCACAUGACAGCAAACUCGAUUACAGCAUUGCCAUUAAGCAACAUCAAACGCGUCUGAAACAGUCGUCAGAGAACGAUCUAAAGGCUUUACUUACCUAUCUAACGUGAUAUUCGAAUGAGAACAUUAUAUUUAGAUUAUGUACAUAAGGAAUAGCUUACGUAACUAAACAUGUCCACGAUUCAUAUCGUAAAAUGUCGGGGAAAUAUAUUAUCAUUAAAAAUUUUUUUUAAAUUAGCUACGUCAUGUUGGGCUUUCUUUUUAUAAAUGUUUAAUUAAAGAAAUGGUAACGAAAAGUUGCAACGUAUUAAAUGUUAAAUAUUAAAGUAUAUGAAUGUAGACACAGAUGUUAUAAACAUAAAAUAAAAUCAAUUUUAUAUAGUUCAUUCGCGUGAAAAUUGAUCGAUGAACUCCAAUUCAUAUUUGUCGAAGGAUCGACGAAACGAAGUGUAUAAAAAUAAUAAGAAUAUUUUAUUGACAAAAGAAGGAAUUUCUAUCUUUAUAUAAAGAAAUGAAUAUUCGAAUAUAUUUGUAUCUUCAUAAUUGUUAAAAUUAAUAGAAACUAAUAGAUUAACAUAAAUAAGAUUCGUAUACGUAUCAUCUAUGUAAAUCUAGAAAGUGAAACUACGUAUGUAUUUCGAUUAAAUAAUCUAUGCGUAUUUCUUUUAUAUUUUUCGUAUUCUAUUGUCUUAUCGCUUAAUGUAACGCUUUUAAAAAUAAGUAUGUCUCUUUAUUUGUUGUUCCCGUAAAAAUUUUGCUAAUCAUUGUUUUCAUAAUCGUGGCAUUGGUUAUAUUUAGAAAAUAGUAAUUAAUAUAUCCUAACAUUUUCGGCGAAUAAUUACUGUGUUUACGUGUGUGCUCGCCUUAAUUUUCAAAAACAAUUCGUUAAAAGCAAAUUCGUAUAUUUUUCAUGCAUAUAUAUAUAUAUGAAAUAUGUUUUUAGCAUAUGUUACAUGGAUAAAUACACGCAGUGUAUUCAUGAUUUAUA